UAUGAUAUUCCUUUCCAUUUUUUCUCUAUUUUUUGUGCUUGGCCCAAGGCAAGGGGUUAAAUGUACCAAAUGGGCAUGCAAAACUUUUCAAAUUAAAUUAAAAGCAUGCCGAACGCGCCGGAGACAAAACAAAUUUUGAUGAGUCAGCUGCCGUGCUACGAAAAAUAAUAAGAGCCAACUGCAGUGUUUAAAAGUCAAUAAAUCAGCGAUCCAGUGAUGAGGCCCGUCGCCUUGGAAGUGUUAUCAGUUUCAACUUGUGUCUUAAGAAUGAAGCACUGGACCCUUGCUGUAUUUUUGGUGGCUUCUGCUCUGAUGGGACUAAGCCAAGCUUAUUCCUCUUGCAGUGCGGACGGAGGAGCUCAUUGCGUACUUCCGAAUAAUUGCAAGGUGGUUCCGUUCAUUAAUCGCACGUUCCGGUAUAUGGGAUGCUCAGAAUCUCUUGUUUGCUGCGAUGUUAAAAACCUCAAUCUGCCUUGUGGACCAGAUGGGACACACCAAUGCAUCCCUCAAGACCCGUCCCUAACAACUUUCCAAUACAAGACUUUCUCAGAUUGCCCGAAAAACUUUAUGUGCAGCCCACCUUGUGAGAAAAUUCCGCUGACCAUUUAUGAAAAAUUACGUUAAAUGUUUGAAAUAAAACUUUAAAAUAUCGCA